CUGCUGUUUCUGGCGGGCUUGGGAGCAUGUCAAACCUCCAUUGACGCGUCGCGUCACUGAACUCUUCGGCAGCCCCAGCACUUUCUCAGCGUGAUAUGCACUCUUAUACUUCUUAGAUUGGACGUCUAAUACUGCCUGGGCUAUUAAAGUUUCACGCUCAGCAACACCCAGGCUUUUACAGCGAACCAUUGUUGAGUUAUUCACAGUUAUCAGAAGUCGGCGGGGUGAAUUCCCCGCGUUACGCCAUCCCCCGCGUUACGCCACGACUUACGUUAUAUAAGCUGUAAUACAGCCCUUGAGAAACUGCGUAUGUACCCGCAGCCUACGCAGCCUACAGAGCCUACAACGCCUACCCUACCACGGCCUAUUACCCCUAUUCCCUCCACUUUCCAGGGCGUAGAACAGGGCCUACAGCAGUGGAAGGAGCGGGUUCCGGAGGCCUUUAGUAGCCCCUCAAGGCAGAGCUACAGCAACUGGCUUACUGGGGCAGCCCAGGUUCUGGCUGCUGGCCAGCUCCAGGAACUCGACCUACGGGCUGUUCGGCAGCAGGUCAAGAACUCGAAGAAGCAGCGGUGGGGCCGGGACCAACUCCAGUGUGGAGGUGAGCUCCGGGCUUCUGAAGCCCACGAGCUUCAGGCCCAGAAGCUCGCUGCCGCAGAAGCUCGGAAACUGAGCCAGGCCCAAACCCGAGCCCAGAAGCAGCUCCGCCGGGCAGGAAUCGAAGCCCGGAAACGGGAGCGCCUCCGGAAGAAGAGCAUAGCUCAGCUCACUAAAUCGGGCCUCCCAAUUCCUCCGGAGUUGGAAGACCCUAUUACUGACCCAGAAGCCAAAUCUGAGAGCCAGUAUGAGAGCGCAACUGAGGGUGGGAGUGGUCGUGGGAGUGAGAGUGAGCGGUCUUUGAUAUCCUCGCACCGAUGCAGGGGGAGCGGUCUCGGUGAUGCCGGUGGUGCCGGUGGUGCCGGUGCCAAGCACCGAUUCUCAUUCCAACAUCACAGUUAG